UCAAUGGACCAGAGGAACGGAGAACGCCGGGGAAUCCAGCCGGAAUUUCACCGGAACCCUCAUCCUGCACCGCCGAAUUGGCCUUCCGACGACUCUAUCUCUCGUAAUGAUGGGAACUUAGACAAUAACAGAAGAAACUUUCCCGGCGACGGCAAUCACUACAAUCGCCGGCAACAUCACCAGCAUCACCAUCGGAAUCCGAAUUUUGAGCAAAACUUCGGUGGUUCCGCGCCUUUUCCGGCUCGUAAGAGACCUUUCGAUCAAGCAAGCUCUGACUUUCUGGAUUGUGGCAGUUUUGUGAAACUCUAUGUUGUAGGAGUUCCAAGGCCAGCAGAAGAAGAAGAUGUCCGGUCUGUUUUUGCUGCACAUGGGCACAUUGUUGAGUUUGUUCGUCUCACGGAUAAAGGCACCGGUCUGAGGAAAGAAUGCUGUUUUGUGAAGUAUAGAACGCUAGAUGAAGCUAAUAGGGCUAUUGUAGCAUUCAAUGGUCGAUAUACUUUCCCUGGGGGUGAGUUUCCCUUAACAGUUAGGUAUGCUGAUGGGGAACGUGAUCGUCUUGGAAUCUUGACCGAACACACUCAGAAACUUUAUGUUGGUGGUCUGAGGAAACAAGCUUCCAAAAAUGAAAUUGAGCAUGUAUUUUCUCCAUAUGGGAUUGUUGAAGAAAUCUACUUAAUUGUUGAUGAACUAAAACAACGUCGUGGAAGUGCUUUUAUCAGGUUUGCUUGUAGAGACAUGGCAGUUGCGGCUAUGAAUGCACUACAUGGCACCUAUAUAAUUGAAGUAUGUGAGCACCCGUUGGUUAUUCGAUUUGCAGAUCCUAAGAAGCCCAAGGUGGGAGAGUCGAGGGCGCCAUCCCUUAUGAAUGAGCAAUUCAAUGGGAAUAUAGGAACUAACCAGUCUAAUCACCAGAGUCCAAAUCAGACUCCAAAUAACAGAAGCAAUCCUCAGACAGUUUUCAGCACUCAUGUUGGAUCAGAUAAUGUUUUGCCAUCAGCUGCAUCUUCUGUCAAUGCAAAAUCUUUAAAUGCUGAGAUGGUGGAGUCCAUUGAUUGUGAAUGGAGUGACCAUAUCUGUCCUGAUGGAAACUUAUAUUAUUAUAACUGUGUAACGUGUGAAAGCAGGUGGGAGAAGCCUGAGGAGUUUGCACUUUAUGAAAAGAAAUUAGAAAAGCUAGAUCUACAGCAACAGGAUCAGCACAAUUUAAAACUUCCAGUAUGUAACACUCCAGAAGUUUCUCAAAUGCGUCAGGAACUCGAAACAGCUAGUUCAGCGGUCCCUAUGGCUUGUGUCUAAACAUUGGUUCUCAUUUUUGAAGUUAAUUAGAACUAAGUUUAUGGUAUCGCACAUUGCACAUUUUAACAUUUCAAUAGUUUCCUUUGGAACAAAGUAGCUGUUCAUUCUCAUGAUAUUGUAUGUGGUUUCUGAAUUUUCAGGAACUCGAAACAGCAAGUUCAACGGUUC